GCAUUGAACAAAACAAAUAGAGACAAAAUAUUGAGUUAUAAUUUUGCUUUUUGCAUUAAUUAAUAAAUACAGGUUGUUUCUCAGACAUUAUCAUAGUUUUCAUAGUUAAGUUUUUCUGCACUUCUAGACGUUUGAAUGUCAAUAAAUUUAAAUAUGUAAAUAUCUCUUGGGUUAUCUUUUGAACAAUCGCCAUAUUUAUCCUAACAGUCGGAAAAGUACAAAAUUGUCACGAGUAAUAUUGUGAAAGCUGAUCAAAGUAUAGUGUAGAUACGUAGGAAUGCAGCAAAAUGGUGAUUGAAGACUACUGACUCUAUAUUGUGGUGUAACGAAUAAACAACAGAUUAACCGAUGCUUUAAACGUUCAAAAGGUCACUAUAAGUUAUCGAAUGCAUAUAUAAUUAAUUAGGAUACAUAAAUAAUUAUAUUUUUCAUUUACUUUCAGAUAAAUCUAAUGUAAAAAUUAAGUUAAGAGAAUAUACUGAUUCCUAUUAUUACAAAAUGGAAUAUCAUUUAUUAUUUGAACUUAGAAUUCAUCGCUGCCAACUUCGUAUACAGCUUGAUUUGCUAACGUUUUGUGACAUGUUCUAUAAUCUGUCUAAAACCUGUUAUCACUGUAGAAAGUAACACUAGAGACGACUGUAGUUUCAAACAUUACCGUUGUCAACUAUGCCUCUACGAUCGUUUGAUAUUCGCGUGUUAUACACUUCUGCUGUAUAAAAACAUUAAAUGUACUUUUCGAAACAAUGGAAAUAAUUUCGUAAUAUAGAAAAUAAUCUAGAAAACUAAAAAUCAUCUGAUAUGAAAGAUUUUUAAUACAAAAUUGCUCUUUCGACGACUAUAAAUAAGUAAAAUGGCUUCAAAGUUGUACAGUUUUCACCUGUAAGUUGCAAGCAUCUUCACUUCUAUCAUGAAGAAUAUCGUCUACUUUGUUUUAUUUACUCUUGUGUCACUGUCAAAACAGGAUUCGUGUCACUGGAGAGAAUUAGAAGCGUGUGCAAUUCGAAGCUCAUUAAUUUUUCAGAGUAAUCCAAUACCACAAAAUGAAGCAGAAAUUGAUAGUCGAUGCGAAUACCUUAGAGAAAUUGCAGCUUGUUUCAAUAAAUACACAGACAGAUGUGCAACCCCUUUGUAUCAGCAAUUAAUUUCUUUCGUCAAUUCUGAAUCUGAAGAAAAUUUCAAUCAAUUCUGCACACCAGGAAACGAAUUAAGAACGACAUUACUAAAACACUCGGCAUGUCUUUCUAAAGUAUGGAAGGAUCAGCAAUCGUGUGCAAAUGACGCUUUCGCUGCUAUAUCGAAGCUUCCUUCGACUCCUUCAAGUGAUAGAGUAAAUCUGGCUUGCUGUUCUUAUGGUCGAUUCCGAAAGUGUGGAGCCGAUUUAAUAGAGAAAGAAUGUGGAGUCGAAGCAAAAGAAUUUGUGGAGAAAUUUAUAGCAUUUUCAGUGUCAAACUUACCUGAUGUCGUGUGCCAAAAUUACACACCGGAGGAUGCCACGUGCAAGGCAUUGUUACCUGCAGUGGGAACUGUGUCCAGUGGAAGUGAUGAUACUCCGUUUAAUCGCUUUAUUAAAAUAUUUACAAGUUCACUUUAA